AUGGCGUCGCCCUUCUUCAACUUCUCCUCGUCGGGAGCUUCGUCCUCGUCUGGAGCUUCUUCGUCGUCGUCUUCGUCGCCGUCGGGCUUCUCCUUCUCCCUGCCCGCGUCCUCCUCCGCCUUCACCUUCGCCUCCUCGUCGUCCCCAUCACCGUUCUCUUUGUCUUCCUCGUCUCCGUUCUCCUCGUCGUCCUCAUCCCCGUUCUCUUCUUCUUCCUCCUCAUCCCCGUCCUUCUCCCUCAUCUCUGGUUCGUCCUCCUCCGCCCAGCAAUCAUCAUCGUCCCCGUUCUCCUUCGGCACCUCUUCUUCACUGUUCUCCUCCUCUUCCUCCUCGCCCGCCUUGUCCUCGGGGUUCCUGUUCGGAAGCUCUUUCGCUUCAACUUCGUCGACCGCCGCAUCUGCUUCUGGUUUCUCCUUCGCUACUCCCUCUGCUGCUGCCUCCGCCGGUGGAUUCAGCCUGGCGAACACUGCCCUACCGUCAUCGUCCCUUUCGUCCUCCGGGGGUCCCGGAUCAGCGUCGUUUUCUUUACCUUCCGCCGCCACGGCCGCCGCUACAAUACCGUUCUCGUCAGGUCCUUCGUCAUCGACGGGGCCGGUGGCGUCCACCAAUGUAACGCCUGGCUUCGGUGCAGGCUCAGUUCCAUCACCCUUCGGUUUCGGGGCCUCCUCCACUUCCAAUAUCUUUGCCACCGCCGCCGUUACGUCCCCUGGUGCCUUCCCCUCCUUGUUUGGAACAUCGACUCCCUCCUCGUCCUCCGCCGGCGCUCGGUCCUCUAAUACUCCGGCGUUCAAUACGUUCUCCUCUGGUGCUUCCUCUGCAUCCGCUGCCCCGUCGUUUCCUUCCUUCACGGCGUCUUCUGGGGGCUCGACUCCAGCUUUUCCUUCCUCUCUCUCUUCGUCCUCUUCUACUUCUUCGGCUUCUCCCUUCUCUCUAGGGAGUAGUGCACUGCCAUUCAAGACUCCAUCCACCUCGUCAACCAAUCCAUCUACCACCGGUGCGUUUUCAACUCCGUCUGCCCCUUCUUUGCCUGGUUCGUCAUCCUCAGGCUUCUCGUUUGCAACUCCAGCAACUUCAGCUCCUUCCCAGCUUUCGUUCGGAUUCAGCAUUCCAGCCACCUCUGUUUUCUCUACUCCCUCUACUGGUGCAUUUCCUACAGUUGGCGCCGCUAAGUCUGCCCCUGGAGGAGCAUCUUCCGCAGCAUCUACCUCUGCUUCUUCUGCUGCAACCUUGUUCUCAUCGCAGGCCCCAUCUUCUACAUCUUUCUCUUCUCCUUUCGCUGGUUUUGGAAUGACCGCAGCGUCAUCAUCAGCCGCGGUGACUGUGGGGUCAUCUACUGUAGCUACCAAUGCCACCACAACAGCGACAGCGAUCAAGUCUACACUGGCUGCGCCUGUAACCACCAGUGGUGCUUUUCCAAGUUUUGGCUUAAGUACUGGGGCCCCCACACCAUCUUCAUCCCCUUCACCUUUGUCCUUAACAGCUGCACCAUCGUUGCCAUUCUCAUCGGCAGCAUCAGCACCAUUGCCUGCAUCUUCUGCAGCUGCGGUGUCAUUGCCAUUCUCAUUGGGACCAUCAUCACCAUUGUCUGGAUCUUCUGCAGCUGCGGUGUCGUUGCCAUUCUCAUCAUCUACGUCUUCACCGUUAUCAGCAUCUUCUUCUGCUGCACCGUCAUUUCCAUUCUCAGUGGUAGGAUCUACAUCAUUGGCGGCAUCUUCCGUAACUGCGUCAUCAUUGCUAUCAUCUUCGGCAGCACCAGCUCCAUCAUUUACGUUUGCGCCGUCAUCAACUUCAGCCCCCUCUUUUUCUUUCUCAUCAGCGCCAUCAUCAACAUUGUCUCCGUCAUCACCAUUUUCCUCAUCUGCACUGUUCUCAUCGUCAGUGCAGCCUCUGUCGGUGUCUUCUACUUCAAUCGGUAAGCCUCUCAAUGCCGUGGACUAUCUCCUGCCAGUCUUUAUUCUUCUUGAAAAAAAAAAUUAUUCAUUCGCCAGUAAGUUUGUGAUUGUUAUUGUGCGUCACGUGGGUCUCGUACUCAACUUUGAAUUUAUUUAUUCUCGCUUUGGAAAUGCAAGUGGAAGUUCUGCGUGCAACUUUGCAAAGAAUCGCGGAAGAGUUGGUUUCACCAUGCUGUUGAAGCAGAAAUUAUACGACCUCUUCUUCUUAUUACCAUGCUGAAGUAGACAAUGAACCAAGGCUCCUCAUCAUAAUGAACUUACCCAUUGCAGUGGGUAAUUUGCAUUUAGGUCAUAUAAAGAAGAUAUAAAUCGUUCUCAUGGAAUGCUGCUGUGGAGAGAGUGGACCUGUUGUUGUGUUGAUCACUACUAAUUUAAAACUUAAAAACGAAACAAAAUUCCGCUGGAAUGUUGGUCUACACGAACUCUCUUCUGCUGCCGCUGCAAAAGUCAGCGAUUGCAAUUGGAACUUGGUACUGCCCUAGCCUUUUGCCAAUAGCCUCUUUUAUCUUCAUUGAUGGUGAAAGUUGUAGUUCGUUAGUUCGAUGAAGAUUAUUGAUUCUAUAAGCUAUAUUUCGGUUUGUUAGGCCUUUUUCUAAGAGUUUAUUUUGACAAUCUCUGGUAUUCCAAUACCUGAGAUAAUGCAUCAAAGAGAUUACGGAUUUGAUUUUUUUCGGUAUAUAAAACUAUAAAUCGGCCACUUAUGAGUGUGCUGUAGCCUUCUUUGUUCAAAAAAUUGUUUUCUAGUGAGCUGGAGUACAGCUGGGAUGCACAGACAUAAAGUGAGAGGAGGUUGGAGUGCCAGGUCUAUUUAUUUUAUGAAGUAUUGUCUGUACUUGGAAGUGCCGAUCAAUGCUUCGAUUCAUAGAAGGUUUCUUAUUUCUAAAUUUCGUGCAAAGUUGCAGCAUAUGGAGCAUUAACCGUCUAUCCAAUGGCAUAUUUCUUAAGAAAAAGUCUAUUUAAGUAUGAUUGUGAAUUUUCUUUUUUUCUCGUGAUUGGUUGUCUGGUUCAGAAUCAGUUGAAAAAGGUAGGUGCACUUUCUUUCCAUAUCAUUCAAUGGUGUACAUGUCAUUGGACUCCGAUGCUUUGGUUUUAUGUUUUCAGCAGAUUAAGUAUUUUUGUUGUAAAAUUUGUGCACUCUUAUGUGUUAGGCACAUCCCCCUUGACAACAACAAGUGUCACAACUGCUUCUACAGCUGUAGCCAUAACUUCUGCUGGUCCAAGUCUUGCUACGAGUCUGGCUGCUGGGACUACUAGUGGGUAAUGAUCUUUAUUUCCAUUUCAUAUAUUAUUUAUUCUUACAUUCAUGUGUGGUUUUAUUUUAUUUGUUUUUUCAUUAAGGAUUUUACGUUUUAGUUUCUUAUGAUCAUAGGGCUCUAACGACGACGACUGUGAGUGCUGUGCCAUCUGUUAAACCAAAAUUACCAUCAGAGAUUACAGGGAAAAGCGUGGAGGAGGUAUGAUGACUUCCAUGAAAUGGUUUUUUCUAUUGUGAAAGUCGUCGGUUUGAUAUAAAGAAGAAAUCAUGGAAACAGACGUAUAAGUGUGGAGGCAAGGAUAUGCGAGUUGGUGGCACCUGUACCUUCUUUGGAGACAGUGAUAUCCAUUACAAAAGACCCAUGAACCUUUGGAUUUUCCUAUCCUUUCCGAAUUAAAGAGAUUGUUGGUCUCCAUCAUCCAGUAUGCAAAAGCCACCAUGCAAAGGUGUAUAUUGGCAUCAUACUAAGAGAAGUGAGCUAACUGCAGAGACUAUAGUCCUUAGAAACACCCCUUCUUUAAGUUCGGAAAAUUUGUCACGUUACAUUAAUUCAUUUUUGUACCACUUAAAUUUCAGUUGUUACGAAAUCUGUGUUUAUUUCACCAUUUCCUUAUGCACUUGUCUUACAAACCCUAAGAUACGGAAAUAAUAUUAUGCUUUCUUUGUCUUUAUCUUUGGCAGAUUAUUAAGCAAUGGAAUUCUGAGCUGCAAGAACGUACUGGAAAGUUCCGUAAGCAGGCCACUGCGAUUGCUGAAUGGGACAGGAGAAUUCUGCAGAAUAGAGAUGUCUUAAUCAGACUUGAGGUUAGUCUUUAUGAGGAACAUACUAAAAUACAAAUGUAAAUUGUCCAAAUUAGACGACAGAGUUUAUUGGAUCUGUUUAACAAGCUUGUCUUUUGAACUAUGUAUUCUUACUUAAAUUUGUUUGACAGCUUCUUGUGCUUAAUCCAUAUGAAGCGGUCAAAAUGCAUUUUCCAAAAUCUUGGGAAAAUUUUGGGCUGCGCACUUGGUGGUAUUAGCUUUCUGAAACUAUGAGAUCGUUUUUCUACCUUCGACUAUUCUUGUAGGUCCUAUAAUAGAAAUAUUAACCCCGAAUUGUGUUCAGGUGCUUAGCUGGUUUUAUGUGGUAAUAUGCUUGAUACGCUGACAUUCUAAUAAGGUUGUGGCAUCAGCAACCGUCUACAAAAGGGCUGUAGAGAAGGUCCAAAGGAUUGGAUCAGCGCGUGGAUAAGUUACCAUGGCAGCCUCUGUUGCCCUCAAAUAUGGAGAAAAUUGCGGACAGUGGCAGAACGACGUAAGACCUAACAUGGGUGUGGGCUAAUAUUCUAAAUGAGUCGGUGGGACACUAAAUAGUAGUAAUACUCUGGCGUGCUAGAAUGUAGGGCGUAAGGAUCAGUUGCCUGAUGAUACAAUCUUAUCACUCAUAUCUAGGAGAUGCGAUCUGGAUGUAUGUGCUUAGUUAGGGGGCAGUGUACAGUUUCCCUUAUGUGUUUGUCUUCAAAAUUCGUUAGUGCUAUUGGAGCUCCCAUAUUUGUGCACCUGCUUCAGAGGGUCUCGACAAUGAUGUUUUUGUGAAUUCUGGCUGAAUUAUAAUCCAUAAGCAAAGAAUUCGCCCUUUCCAUUGAAGACGGCUUGUGAUAGUCGGUUACAAUGACGUUUUUUGCGACGUGUAGAAGUUUUUUCGGUGGAUCUGUGCACUUUUGGAGGCUAGAUGAUGCUAUAGAUUAGAUAUACAUCAGAGCACCUGAUAAGUGUGUGCACCUGGUAACUUUCUUAUUUUACUGUAAGAAAGUUAGGGUUCAUAAUAUCGAGGCAUUCACAGCGCAACAUUUUCUAUCAAUGUUCUGUGUUGGUGCAGUAUCAAAGGAUAUAUAAAUAUCUGCUGCUAAACUGCUGUUCAGAAAUACGCGAAUCCGGGCACUUUUUGUGUUGUUUCAGAGCACAAAUGAUGUUUAUUCAUCACGAACAUGUGCGCAAUUGAUGAUAUCCAUUUGUGGAGGAAAAUCUGUUUCUAAGACCUUUCAUGGCAUUACCGUACAGGUAUAUGGCCUGCGGAUUUUAUUGUUUGAUGUUCUAACUAAAUGGAACACAAUUUUGCAUCUGUUUUUUUUUUUUUACUGAUUAAAAAAUUAAAAGCGUUAAUACCGUAAACACUGUGUUUCUCAAUUCCCUGUUCUGUCUACCCUACAACAUUAUCAUGGUAUUUUUGUCUAUUAAUUUUUCUGUCAUAUCUGUGCACUAGGAAGUUCACUACUUGUAGCAAUUUGUCAAUCGGUUUCAGUUUAUGAUAGAGUCGUAUAUAGCAUUUCUAUUUCUCUACAACUGUUUGGGAAGAAGAUUUCACAUUUCGUAUAGAUUGUUUAAGCGUAUCUUUGCGGUGUCAUCCUUAAUUUUAAUAGAGAUGAUUUACUCGGAUCCUGACUUCUGUUGCGUCAAAUUGUUGAUCUUAGGGCUUUUCCUGUCUGUUGAUGUAGGCUGAAGCUGCAAAGGUCGUUGAGACGCAAACAAGUUUGGAGAGACAGUUAGAGUUGAUUGAAACUCAUCAGCUGGAGGUUGUAGAAAUUUCAGCCGCAUUCUCUGGCAAAAAAUUCUGUACUUUUUCUUCAUAUCUUUAUCACUAAUCCAGACAACUCUUGAAGAUACUGCCGUGCGUCGAAAUUGAAUUUAUAUAACUAUCAGGAGCUCUACGGUUCCCAUGUCACAUUCGUUUUUCGAUCGAGACAGAUUACCUCUAUAUAACUUCUUUGACUGUAAUUGCCUCUUCCUCCAGCAUGAAUUCCGAUGUUUUUAUCACUUGUAUUAAUUAUUAUGACUCUUUAUUUGCCUGCGGGGACUGUUAAAUUGGUGAAGUAAACCUCCUGUGUCGUAGAGAAUGACGUAAAAUAGGUCGACAUUAAAUUUUAUGGGGGAGAUGAACACGCAGAUGACAUUGGAUGUUAGCUUUCUUUCGUCAUCUAGCAUUCACAUAUGUUACUGUCUUGAAUUACACCCUUUUACAAUGUGCCCUGUUUUCUUAUCGUCUAUGGAGUGCCUGUUGCUUUCGCAUAGGUGCUGGUAAAAAUUUCCUGGAAGAAGAAGAAGAAGAGGGGUUUUGAAGAGUAGGAACUGACAACGCGAAAAUUUCUCCUACCACUCUUAUUCUGAUGAGCAAAGUAUAUUUGAUUUAGUGACAAGUAUAUUAAUGGGUUACCUAAGAUAUCAAUCCAUCCUGGCAGUGGAAUGCAUGUUAAAGUAUCAGAAGGCUGAAGCAGAUAAUUUUUUCAUGUAUUUUUUAUCCUCAGGUUGACAAGGCGUUACAAAGUAUGGAGGAAGAAGCCGAGCGAAUCUACAAAGAUGAGCGUGGAAUGCUUCUUGCAGAUGAAGCCUCAUCAGUUAGGGAUUCAAUGUCAGUUACUGUUACUGGAACUGUGGCCUUUUUUACUCGCUUUUUGGAUGCUAAUCGGUUUAAUCCCAUCCAUCUUUUAAAAGAACAGAGUGUUAUAUUUAGUACACGCACUGUUUCCAUGGUGCACCCAACCUGUAAAAGCUUAUCGUGUUUUUUUUUUUUUUUUUUUUUUCCAUUAUUGCUUCUAUGAACACUCUUAGGAAAAAAAAUUACAAAUAUCCCUAUCAAAUUCCCGGAGAUCUUUAGGGCUGAUAACAGGUUCCAUGAUGUCGUUGUCUGCCUUACCCAACGAUUUGCAUACUUAACACCCAUUUUCUCGGUGCUCAUGCAAAAACUCAAGGAUUAUGUUGAUCAGUAGCGUAGGCGUGCUUGUAUGCGUUUCAUGUUGUGCAGACCUCCUCUUUAGUUGGUUUAUGUGUGCCCACCUUUCUUGGAACUUUAGGUACGAUCAAGCUGAAGUAAUCGAGAGGGAGUUGGAGAAAAUGGCAGAACAGAUAAAAUCGGUGAUUAAGACAGUAAAUGCCAAUCAGGUAUGUAUGUUCUUGCAUGACCCUCUUCGGUCCCGGAUGCAUCUCUGACCAUCUGCUCCUCAUCUAGGGCGGCGACCUUGAUGUUGUUGAUGGCAUGACUCCUCUUGACGUUGUGGUCCGUAUACUGAACAAUCAGCUUAGUACGUUGAUGUGGAUCGACGAGAAGGUGAGUUCUCAUUACACAUUCCGAGUUAAAUUCAGGCUUUACUCGAGACAUGCAAAUCGAAAGAAAUCGGUUUUCUUCUUGAAAAAAAGCCCUUUUUUUCCUAUAAAAAAUGUUCAAGUGUUUUCGAUGGCGAUCCGCUUUUUUCGUAUUAUCUUUUCCUCAGAAUCAUUUCGGAUCGGAUACUAGCAGCACAGUACAUGCCGAGCAACGUUUUUAUAUACUUUCUGACAGAAAAAAAAUCAGAUAUUAUUAAUCUCGCCUUCUUCCAUCCAGGCAAGCGAAUUCUCCGGGCAGAUCCAGAAACUGGCCAACCAGGGCGGCGCUGCCGCUGCGGAUCGUGCUCUCCCUGGUCCCAGGCCCUGGAGGAGCUAG